AUGGAAUCUGACGGUAGGCUUAAAGCCUACAAAUUUGUGGCCUAUGCCGCUGUCGGCUUCUCGAUCGCCGCCGUCGCCUCGGUCCUUCUGACCCUUCCGAUGGUCUACUCGUAUGUGUCGCACGUUAGACAGCAGAUGCAUCACGAGAUCAACUUCUGCAAGGUGACCAUUUUUCCUCUUGUUUCACCGUUUUUGAACACCCGAUUUUCUUAGGGAUCCGCUAAGGACAUCUUCGCCGAGGUCAACUACAUGAAGGCCAACGCCGGACCAGUUCCACCACGCAACCGCACCGCUCGUCAAGCCUACGGAGGCCCAGAAGUCAACCCAGCUCCAAAUCUUCAAUGCGAGGGAUGCUGCCUUCCUGGACCGCCAGGACCGGCCGGAGCCCCAGGAAAGCCAGGAAAGCCAGGACGACCAGGAGCGCCAGGAACUCCAGGAACCCCAGGAAAGCCGCCAGUCGCGCCAUGCGAGCCAACCACGCCACCACCAUGCAAGCCGUGCCCACAGGGACCACCCGGACCACCAGGACCACCAGGAGCCCCAGGAGACCCAGGAGAGGCCGGAACCCCUGGUCGUCCAGGAACUGACGCCGCCCCAGGAUCUCCAGGACCACGUGGACCACCAGGACCACCAGGAGAGGCCGGAGCACCAGGACCAGCCGGAGAACCAGGAACUCCAGCCAUCUCGGAGCCACUUACCCCAGGAGCACCAGGAGAGCCAGGAGACGCCGGACCGCCAGGACCACCAGGACCACCAGGAGCUCCAGGAAACGACGGACCACCAGGACCACCAGGACCAAAGGGAGCCCCAGGACCAGACGGACCACCAGGAGUCGAUGGACAGUCUGGACCACCAGGACCACCAGGACCAGCCGGAACCCCAGGAGAGAAAGGAAUUUGUCCAAAGUGAGUUGAAACGCGAGACUUCCCGAUGUUAACUUGCGUGUUUUCAGAUACUGCGCUCUCGACGGAGGAGUCUUCUUCGAGGACGGAACCCGACGAUAA